AUGGCCCUCGUUGUACAAUCUAUUGUACCCAGUAUGACUUCAGAUUCCAGUCAUCUUAAAGUUAUGAUCUAUUGUGACGAUGAUUCGUAUCCAGGAUGUCAAAAUGCGCUUUUAAAAUAUAAUUUUUUAACCGGAUAUGAUCCGAAUCGGAUAAGUGGUACUAACGACAGUUGUGGAUUCGGAACUCAUAUUACUUUUAAUAAAACGGAUGUACUAGUGAUAGCGAACUUGGAUUACUUAUCCUACGGAUUAAAGUCAUACGACGUUGUUGUUGCGAUUACUAAAGCUGAGAAGCUUCAAGUUUUGUCCAUUGUCCUAGAUGAACUUCAGAUACCUCUUGCUGGAUAUUCUACCAAUAAAAUGCACGAGGUGGAUUAA